GCGUAUUAAAACAGAAGACAACAAUUCAAAUCAUCUCUCUCUCCCUCUCUUGAAUGGGCGUAGCAAUGCACGUAAAAUCCGACUCCGAGGUGACGAGCCUCGACGCCUCCUCGCCGCCGCGGCCCCUCUACUACGUGCAGAGCCCUUCCCACUCUCACCACGACCUCGAGAAGAUGUCGUACGGCUCCAGCCCCUUCGCCUCCCCCGCCCACCACCACUUCCACUACCACUGCUCCCCCAUCCACCACUCCCGCGAGUCCUCCACCUCCCGCUUCUCCGCCUCCCUCAAGAACCCCCGCCACUCCUCCGGCUGGCGCCGAAUGCACCUCAAGUACGACGACGACGGCCCGGAGGCGGAAGGCGGCGAGGAGGGAGAGGGUGAGGAUGAGAGAGAGGACGGCGGCCAGGUGAGGUUCUACGUGGCGUGCUUUCUGCUCUCAUUUGUGGUGCUGUUCACCAUUUUCUCUUUGAUUCUUUGGGCGGCGAGUUUUGCUUACAAGCCCAAGAUUCUUGUUAAGAACAUUUUGUUUGAGAAUUUUUAUGUACAAGCUGGGAUGGAUGCCAGUGGGGUACCAACGGAUAUGCUCACCUUGAAUUCGACGGUCAAGAUCUUCUAUCGCAAUCCAGCCACCUUCUUUGGCGUCCACGUCACCUCCACCCCCCUCGAGCUUCACUACUUCGACCUCAAGCUCGCGUCCGGCCAUAUGGCGAAGUUCUAUCAGUCGAGGAAGAGUGAAAGGAAAGUGAUUGCAGUGGUUCAGGGGCGGCAGGUGCCCCUCUAUGGAGGGAUAGCGGCUCUGGAUGUUGCUAAGGGGCGUGUGGACGACAUGUCGGUGCCACUGAACCUAAGCUUUGUAAUAAGAUCGAGGGCAUACAUCUUAGGAAGACUGGUGAAGCCCAAGUUCUACAGAAAAGUUAUGUGUGAAGUUAGCCUUAGAGGUAACCAUUUGGGCAAGCCACUUAGUAUGAUCAAGUCUGAUUCUUGUGUUUAUCAUUAGGAGAUAUAUUACUAGUUUGUAGUAGUGACCAUAUUUAUAUAUGCAAAUAUUCUUCUCUGGCC